AUGACGGACCAUCACCAAUUGAUUGUGGAGUUGCUCCAUGUCAAUUUUUUCAACGAACAUCUCAAGAAGAGUCAACGACGAUUAAAGUGUGAAGUUGAAUUACUUCAACAAUCCGAAGGACAACAAGUAGUAAUUUCUGAAGAACAUUUCUGUUCACGAAUCAAGCUACCACGAACCAAAGACAUUAGCUCGUGCAUGCUUGAUUCAAUAUUCAGGUUCAACCUUGAUGAGAAACCUCGUUCACACUCACAUUUUAGAUUCAAAGCAUUAUUUAAAACAAAGAACGUAUUCCUUCUUUCAAGAGAGAGAAUAUUCGGAAAAUGUUUCAUGGAUAUCCCAUCAUGUGUUUCAGAAUCUCCAAUGAUCCUCUCCAUCCCAAUUACAGGGAUGGAUAUCAGUGAUGACCACACACCGACAUGUCCUGAUGUUGUUACAAGAUUAUCAUUUUCUAAAAAACCAAUAUUUCCCAAUACUACUGUUCCUUCCAUUGGAACUCUUUUUCUACAAGUACAGCUGAAAACCAUCAAAGAAGCAACUUGUUCAGUACGUGACAACGAACUCUAUGACUGCCCUUCUCGACAACACAUGGAUGAAGAAAGUGGAAUAUCCUUUUGCUUACCCAGCAUAUAUGGAGGAAUGGUAAAAGAUUUUUCUUCGUUUGGCUUAAUUUCAAAAAGCACCUUAUUAUUUGAUAAUACUCAAGCACUUAAUUUGGGAGAAGGAGAACUUGAUGUUUUUAAAUUUCAUGUCUUUACGGGAUGCAGGUUUGAAUUUUCUUCCACCUUUGUGGAGAGAAGAAGACGACAAGAUCAUGCAAGUCUUGUGGUUGAUUUGGGUGAUAAUUACUCCCUUGUGUCUCCCAGUGAGAAUUUUUCUGAAAUUUUCAAAUGUUUUGCAAACAGACUCUUAAUACCUUUGGAUCAUGACUUAUUUAAGGAAAAGAAGUUUAGGAGAGCAACUAUCGAUCAGUGGAGUUUCAAAAACAUGUCCUCUUUGAGCCAUAAUGUCAUUCAUGUAUCAAUUUUAUCACUUGAACCCAAUACGGAAUCUGCCUCAUUGGUUAUUUUAGAACAUGUCACCACUUUACGUUGCAAUGAACAUUCCCAGAAUCAGGAAAAACAUUGUCCUCAAAUACUUCUGGAUGUUGCUGAAUCCAUGGACUUCCAAUCCGAUGAAAGCAUGUUUGUGCAUUUAAACCCUGGCCAAAGAAACUUAAAUCGGCUGAGCUCUUCUUCCAGUGAUCAUUUCAAAAUUGCUCUCAUAUCGUGUGUGACGCCUUAA